CCUUUUGAAUGCAAUUACUGAAAUAAAUCAAGUUUUUCAAAAUAUUCUAAUUUACUGGCUUUUACCUGUAUGAAUGAGGUAGAUCCCCACGACUUGAUCAAUUGAAAAGUAGCUCGCCUGCAGAAAAAGUGUGAGCACCCCUGAUGUAAAGCGUCUUUAAAUACUUAGAAAAGUGCUAUAUAAGUAUUAUUAUUAUUAUUAUUAUGUUGGUUGUUGUGAUGUAAAAAUCCUGGAAUAUAUUGAUUGGAAACUGCCGCUUUUCGUAUAUUUAAUUGUUCAAUUAAAAGAAACUAAAAAAAACCCGUUCAGUCUCGGCUUGAGUCGUCUUGAAUGUCGCCGCACGGUGGCAGCAGUGUGACGUCACCAGUGCAUUCCAAUCGAAGAAGAAAAAAAGGCGGAAGUUAGCAACAUCUCCAAAACAGACGCCAAACAUAAGGCGAGUAUAAUAAAGAGCAAUUGAGUUGCAAAAAAAACGUUCAAAAAUGUUAAAAACGAUGAUAAAGGAGCGACUCAUGGCGGCGGCUGAUGAAAUAUUCGCGCUGUUUGAAAGAACGAUCGCGUCGUACGAGGAGGAACUUUCUAGAACAAGCGAGAAGGAGCGACAUCGACAACAACUGGAAGCUGUUGCGUUUGAUGAUAAAGACGUCCAGCAGCCCCCCCGCAUUAAAGAUGAAGAGGAGGAACUGUGGACCACUCAGGCUGAUCUUGCCCAGUUGCCACUGACUGGUGUCUCUGUGAAGACUGAAGAUGAUGAAGAGAAACCACCCGAGUCCUCACAGCUUCAUCGCAGAGGGGCGGAGCCUCCAAGCAGCAGCUCGCAACAAGACGAGACAACAGAGGCUGAGGGAGACCACUGCGGGGGAUCACAAGUAGACAAGCUCUUAGCUCCACUAUCAGAUAGUGACGACAUAACAUCUCACUCUCCUGAAGACACCCAAGAUGCUUUGAGCAGCGAUACAGACCGGGAAGCCGAUAUCAGGACUCACGCCGACUCACAGUGCUCUAAAAAGAAGACGCGUCAAAAAUGUUUCACCUGCUCAAUUUGCGAUAAAAGCUUCUAUUACAAGAGUAAUUUAUCUCGCCACAGGUGGACGCACUCAAAAGAAAAACCCUUUUCAUGCCCGGUUUGUGCCAAAAGCUUUUCCCAUAAGAGCAACCUGACCCGACACGCGCUGACACACACCGGAGAGAAACACUUUAGUUGCUCAGUUUGCGGCGACAAAUUCGCCUACAGCUACACGCUGGCCCGACACAUGCGCACGCACACCGGGGAGAAACCUUUCGUUUGCUCAGUUUGCGGCCAAAGCUACUCUCAGAAAUCGAACAUGGUCGCGCACAUGAAAACGCACUCGGGAGAAAAACCCUUCAGUUGCUCAAUUUGCGGCAGGAGGUUCAGUCAGAAGGUGAACAUGGCGUCGCACUUGGCGACGCACGCGGUGGAAAAACCUUUUCGGUGCUCGGUCUGCGGUAAAAGUUUUUGCUACCAGAAAAGUUUGACGGCGCACAUGUUGGCACACAACGGGGAAUAAAUGUUUUCUUGUUCAUCCAUCUUCUUCCGCAUAGCCACAGUCGGGUCGCGGGGGCAAUAGCCUAAGCCAGGGGUGCUCAUUACGUCGAUCGCGAGCUACCAGUCGAUCUCGGAGGGUGUGUCAGUCGAUCACCAGCCAGGCAUUAAAAAAAUAGUCCUAAAAAUGAGCGAUCAUAAAUCUUCACUAUGACGUCACUUUCGUCACUUGAUUGACAUUCACGGCACCCGAGGGUCUUCUGAGAUGACGCUGGCUGCUGCCAGCUCAUUAAAAUUACCAACAGGAAGGCGAGAAACACUUUAUUUCAACAGACUCUGGCGCCGUACCUGUCGUCAAAACUCCAAAGACCGACUGCACAGUUGCACAGUUGCGCUAACAAAAUAGGAGUCUCAGAAAGCUGGCGUGCACAAGCUAGCAAGCUACGGAGUUUGCCGUCAAUGUAUUUCUUGUAAAGUGUAUACAAAGGAGUACGGAAGCUGGACAAAUAAGAUGCCAAAAACCAACCACUUUCAUGUGGUAUUGGACAGAAAGGAGGACUUUUUUUCUCCUCAAUUCGAAAAUGCGGACCUUAUCAGCACCACUGCAUAAUCACUGCAAGUCAUCAGAAUCAGGUAAUACACCAACUUAUAUUCUUGUCUUCAUGAAAGAAAGGAAUCUAUAUGUGUUAAACAUGCUUGUAUUAUCA